CAUGCAGCCUUUCCCAGGAGCCCCCUGUCUGUUGCAGGCUGCCUGGCUUUAUAGGCUCCACCUCUCCCGCCCAGCUGAGCCUGCCCACAAUCAACCAUGCUCCCUGGCUCUACCUCCAGGUGCAGCCUGUGGAGUUAAUUGGCCUACCUGGCCACCUUAACUCAUUUGAAAGAACACCCCAUCUCACACACAGAGAAUUAAAAUGAAAUACAUCAACAAAUAAACCUCUUUGCAUGUACCGCCCAGAGAAGCUGCUUUGAUAAUAUAUGAUUUAAAUCCGCAACAAGAACUGCUGUGCUUUAUCUAGUGUGGAAACCCUGGAAAGAGAGUGUUAAAAGCUCAUUCCCUUCUUUCUUUUAGAAAGACAUAUUUUAAUUUAAUAAAGGCUGGAGGUUCUCUGGAAUCCAAAGGAUAUUUUACAACAAUCUGGUCAAAGAACUGGGAGGGUUUGAGCUAGAGCCUGGCAAGUUCAUCUGGCCAACCAGUGUGACCAUGGCUCUGGAUGGAGACCUGGUUGUGAAAGAUAGUAGAAACAAAAAGAUCCAACUCUUCAGCCCUGAUGGUUGCUAUAAGAAUGGGUUUUCCUAUGGAUCUGAACCAAGAAAAGGUCUGGGAGAUGUAGCAUGCACACAGGAUGGCUUGUUGCUUGUGACUGAUGGAUAAAAAGCCAUCAAGGUCUUCUCUAAAGAUGGUGAGAUGAUCCACCAGCUGAAGUCUCUCAAAAUGGACUGGAAUCAUUCCUACAGGAUGGCAGUCCUGAAGUCCAAUGAUAUUGCAGUGACAGACUGGACAGAUGGGGGAAAAGUUCACACCAUUGAGGUGGACUGGAGAAUGAAUGCCAUCCUGAAGAUGAACAUGAUAGAUGGCUUUCAUAGACCAGAGCACAUUGCAGUCAAUAAGCAGAGUGAAGAGAUACUGGUUACUGAAGGGCAGCUCUUUGGAAAAUACCAAGGCUGCUGUCUCAAGAUUAUGGACAGUGAAAGAAUUCUGAAGAAAACAAUUGGACCAGACUAUGGCAACAAAUUCACCUUUGUGAAUCCCUCUGAAGUCUGUGUAGAUUCAAAUGAGAACUUGUUUGUUGCAGAUGAAGGACAAAACCGCAUAGUGAUGUUUAACCCCGAUGCAUCCGAUUGCUUUAGUAGUAACUCAAGAUCUAGAGGGUCCUUGUGGGCUUUCGGUGACAAAGGAUGGGCUCUUGGCAGUAGCUGACUGCUAUCAUCACAGUGUAAAGUUCUACAGAUAUAGAUGAGAGUAGGUGAAUGCCUUAUCUUAGCAAUUGAACUUGCCUCAGUAAAUACCUUUGUACAUGGUGAAUAAAAUAGAAAUGUAAAAAUCUAGGUUAACAUGGGACAGAAUCGUGAUCACUGGGCUGCUUCUACCAAGCAGAAUAAAAACAUUCUAGACUUAUGGAAGAAAGCACUAUAGGUUAGGACUUGGAGCCAAGAACUCCUGCAGUAUAAUCUCAGUUCUGCUAUUGCUUUACUGUAUGGUCUUGGGCAAAUUACAACCUUAUAUCAUGUCACAGUUCCUGCACCUGGUAAAUAGGAUUCAUGCUACUUACCUACCUACUUCAC